AUGGAGCUCUCCAAAGGGAAGUUCAUGAAUGCAUUCACGAAAAAGUGGCAAAGAAUAGGUGGUAGAGUCGUACCUUCUGGCGCCAGUGACAAGUGCUGCUGCCAAUGGGCUCCUUUGUGGCCUUCAAUGAAUGAAGACCAGAUUGUUGCAACUGAUGUCCCAAAGGGUCAGCAGGCUGUCUAUAUUGUUCCAACUGAUGUCCCAAAGGGUCACCUGGUUGUGUAUGUAGGUGAAUACCACAAGAGGUUUGUAAUCAAAAUUACCUUGCUUAACCACCCACUCUUCAAGGCAUUGCUUGAUCAAGCUCAGGAACUGUAUGAAUUCGCUGCUGAUCAUUCAAAACUACAUAUCCCCUGUGACGAGAAUUUCUUCCUCACUGUUGUUCAAUGUGCCAAAUCCCCAUUACAUCAACGUAUACCAGUCUGCCUAUGA